AAAACGCGCGCGACACGCCGCGCGCGGCAAGCGCCCGCGCGGCAGACGCGCCCGGGCAAGUCCACAUUCGCGUUUUGCGGCACGCGACAACGGCGCGUGGAGUCCCGCGUUGUCUCGUUCCAUUCGAUACUUCUCGUGACAACACGCUCUCCCUUCUGCCGAUUUCGUGUUGAAGUGUCUGUGUUUCUUUGCGCCACUGCCGGUCACGCUCAGGCAUGUCGGAUACGGACGAGGAGCUACUGGUGACUGUGAACACUAUAAUACUUAUUUGUUCUUUACUUGUGCGACGUCGACGUGCCAGACAGCGGACGAGAAAGUUUUGGGUGCGCCCUAUAUGGCGGUACAGGGACACUGAGAGCCAGGCGCACACUCUGCUUCCCCGCCUGCGCGCGAGAGACGAAAGAUACUUCAGAGACUACCUGCGAAUGCCGCCGAGUGUCUUCGACACUUUGCUCGGUCUCGUGCGGCCCCUGAUUGAGCGGCAGGUGACACCGUUCCGCGAUCCCAUUUCUGGUCAUGAUCGACUAGCAAUGACGAUACGGUUCCUUGCGAAUGGAGACACCUUCAGGAGCUUAUCCUACAAUUUUCUAACAGGGAGGUCAACAGCAUGUGAAAUUGUCAGACAAACAACUUCCGCCCUUUGGGACGCUCUUCAGUCAACGUAUUUAAGAUUUCCAGCAACUUCCCAGGAGUGGCUAAAGAUCGCUGCAGACAUGGAAGAAUUUUGGCACUUUCCCAAUUGCAUAGGUAGCAUCGACGGCAAACAUGUGCACAUCCAAUGCCCAGACAACUCAGGAUCGAGGAAUUUAAAUUAUAAGAAAACAUUCAGUGUUGUCCUCCUUGCUGUGUGUGAUGCACAUUACAAGUUCACCUAUGUAGACAUUGGCCAUUACGGCGGUGAAGGUGACAGCGGUAUAUUUCAGCGAUCUCCUCUACUAGAAGUGCUGGAAAAGGGUUUGUUGGGCAUUCCUCAGCCAAGGAGCAUUGGCUCAAUAGGUCCCAUUCCAUACCACAUGGUUGGCGAUGAAGCUUUUCCGCUGAAGCCAUUCAUGAUGAGGCCCUAUCCAAGACGAGAUCUGCAGAAGUUCAGGAAUGACCCAGCUCAGCGGCAAGAGUACCUGAAAAGGGCAACGUUCAACUAUCGCUUGAGCCGAGCAAGACGGUUGAUUGAAAAUGCCUUCGGAAUCAUGUCAAGCAGAUGGAGAAUUUUGCGGCGACCGUUUCGUGCAUCGGAGGAAACAACACAAAAUAUUGUGAAGUCAUGCGUUGUAUUGCACAACUUCCUGCUGAGUUCGCCGCAAUCGCGAUCUGCAUACAGCCCUCCGGGUUUCACUGAUCAUGAGGACUGGGAAGGCAACAUCGUAGAAGGAUCCUGGAGAGCUGGCAGUGACAGCCUGCCGGGCAUGGGGGAUCUCGUCACUAUGUCUGGAUAUCAUUCAGCAAGGACAGCUAUGGAUAUGCGCAACCACUUGGCAACCUACUUUAUGAAUGAAGGACGGGUGCCAUGGCAGGAGAGGAUAGUGACCCGCGCGGGAAUAGAGGUAAUGAUGCAGUUUUUGAAUCAUUUGCUCAAAACAUAUGUUGCAGGCGCAUAAAUUCACAAUAAUGCUGCACAAAUUGGAGUGCGUUCUUUAUUGCUGGAACAUAGCUCAAUAUACACGUAUUCACUCGGGAAGCUCCAUCUCGGCCUCAAAAAUAAGGGAAUUAAUUUUAAACAGUAUUUCAGAACGUUUUCUUGGCGGAAGUUUGCGCAGUUUUGUGGCCAUCCAAGUGGCCGCCUCCUGGCAUUCAUCUGGUGGGCUUUGGGCACUGGGAACUGCGAGCUCCCUUGCGCUCUGAAUUCUACUUAAUGUGGUGCUGCAGCUCCCCAACGCUUCUUGAACAGCUUCUUCAAAUGUGUCAUUCUUUCUUCUUUUACUGUAAUGACAACGCCGCAGUUUUAGUGAACAGUUACACAGACGUAAAAUAU